CCUAUCCAACGAAAAUUAGAGAAUCCUCUUUUUGUUAACCAAUGAAAAUUGCACCAUUUCUUGGUUAGGCUUUUGUACUAGAUAGCUAGCUAGAUACUCAUAUCCCAAUGUGUGGUGCUAGUUCUUCCCCGUGGCCUUACAAUUCCAAAUAUAACAACAACUUGCCCUGAAUCUUGAAUCUCAAAGUCAAGCUUUCACACACCACACCCUGUGAUUGAUUAACCAAAAACACAAGAGAGACAUCAACAUUCACACACACACAGUGAAGAAUGGGGAUAGUGGAGGAAGCUCACAACGUGAAAGUUCUAGGAUCAGGUACUAGGGCUAUCGUUCUUGCUCAUGGAUUCGGCACGGACCAGUCCCUAUGGAAACACUUCGUACCUUACCUCACCAACGAUUUUCGUGUCAUCCUCUACGACAACAUGGGUGCUGGAACAACCAACCCUGAGUACUUCGAUUUCGAGCGUCACUCAAGCUUAGAAGGCUAUGCCUACGAUUUGCUUUCGAUUUUGGAAGAGCUUCGUGUCGAUUCGUGCAUCUUCGUCGGCCACUCUGUUUCCGCCAUGAUCGGCGCUGUUGCUUCCAUUUCACGCCCUGAUCUCUUCUCCAAAAUCAUCAUGGUUGGAGCUUCCCCCAGGUAUUUGAACGACGUGAAUUACUAUGGAGGAUUUGAGCAGGAAGAUUUGAACCAAUUGUUCGAUGCGAUGGCGGCGAAUUACAAAGCGUGGUGUUUAGGGUUUGCUCCGCUGGCGGUGGGUGGAGACAUGGAGUCGGUGGCGGUGCAGGAGUUUAGCAGAACCUUGUUCAACAUGAGGCCGGAUAUUGCUCUAACCGUUUCGCGGACCAUUUUUCAGAGCGACAUGAGGGGGAUUUUGAGCCUUGUCACUGUGCCGUGCCAUAUCAUACAAGCGCAGAAGGACAUGGCGGUUCCGGUGGUGGUUUCUGAGUUUCUCCACCAGCAUCUUGGUGGCGUGUCUAUUGUGGAGGUUAUGGCAACUGAUGGUCAUUUGCCGCAGUUGAGCUCGCCGGAUAUUGUUAUUCCGGUUCUGCUCAAGCACAUUCAUCUUGAUAUUGAGCCCAGAUUGCAAGAUGUAAGUAGUGGUGUGUGUUGUGAUGUAAAAUUUAGUGGGGUGUAAUGGGUUACCAUCAACUGGUUAUUUAUGUUUGCUUUGUGUCGUUUAAUUGUAGUAAAGGUAGGGUUCGAUUCAAGCUGAAGAGCUAGAAUCUAUAUCCAACUUUAGUCAUUAUUCAGAUUUAUGUGUAUGGAAAAACUGUAUUAAGGUGAGUCAAUGAUUUGACAUAUCA